GUUAUUGUUAACAUCAAGGAUAAAGAGCAGAUCCACACGUUGUUGGACACUGUGGAGCAGAUGAGAUGUACAAACAAACCAUGCUGCUACACAGCUGUAACAUUUGCUCGAGCCCAGAUUGAUCUGAUAACUAAAAAUAUGGUCACUCGUGAUGAAGAGAAGCAGAACACGGAGCCUCUCAGGAUUGUGCUGAUAGGAAAGACCGGCAGUGGAAAGAGCUCAUCAGGAAACACCAUCCUAGGAAAGGAAGUGUUUAAAGAAAUGCCAAGUCAAACAUCAGUCACCAAACAGUGUCAGAAAGCACAGGGUGAGGUGGACGGCCGUCCUGUUGUUGUGCUCGACACUCCUGGUCUGUUUGACACAACUCUGUCACAUGAAGAAGUUCAUGAGGAGAUGGUGAAAUGCAUCAGUCUUCUGGCUCCAGGACCACACGUCUUCCUGCUGGUGUUAAAUAUUGGUCGUCUCACAGCAGAGGAGAAGGAGACAUUAAAACUUAUAAAGGAAGGUUUUGGGAAGAAUUCAGAAAAGUUCACCAUCAUUCUUUUUACUGAGGGACAUAAGCUUAAAAAAAUGUCUAUUAAAGAUUAUAUUGAAAGUGGAUGUGAUGAUUCCUUUAAGAAGAUGAUUGCUGACUGUGGAGGAAGAUACCAUGUGUUCAAUAAUGCAGACGAAGAGAACCGCCAACAAGUCAGUGAGCUGAUAACAAAGAUUGACACCAUGGUGAAGGAAAAUGGAGGAAACUGCUUCACCAAUGAGAUGCUGGAAGAAGCUGAAGCAGCGAUAAAGAAGGAAAUGGAGAGAAUCCUGAAGGAGAAGGAAGAAGAGAUGAAGAGAGAGAGAGAGGAGCUAGAAAGAAAACAUGAGGAAGAAAAGGAAGUCAUCAAAAAAAGAUUGGAAGAAGAGAAGAAAAAAUUACAGCGGGAAAGAGACCGGGAACUCAAGGAGAUGGAGGAAUAUCUAAAUAAGGAGCGUGAGGAGAGGAAGAAAGAACAGGAUAUGAGAGAAGAACAGAACAGGAAACGGGAAGAGGAGGAAGAAAAGCGUAGGCAGGAGUUUAAAAUGCAGCUUGAAAUGUUGGACAAACAAAUUCACUCAGAAAAAGAGGAAAAGAAAAGUGUGGACCAAAAGCUGGAAGAGAACAGAGAAGAGAUGAAGAGAAAACAAGAAGCCUGGGAGAAAGAACGAAGAGAAUG